AGCGUCUCUUGUCACAGAGCUUGCAAUAUGGGGCAAAGUGGCUGGAGUAUCUUUCUGAUUGCAAUCUCAAUUCUGUGGAUAGUAAAUGCACAGAGUUGUAAUCAUAGUGACAUUCGUCUUGUUGGUGGAUCUAAUGCUAAUGAAGGAAGAGUUGAAGUGUGCAUUAAUGGAGCAUGGGGUACUGUAUGUGAUGAUCUCUGGGGGGCACCCGAUGCUGCUGUUGUAUGUAACCAGUUAGGGAUUGAUGGGACUUCCAUUGCUCGUACUAAUGCUUAUUUUGGUGCUGGUACUGGCCCUAUUAACAUGGACAAUGUUCAGUGUACUGGAAAUGAAGGAUUCCUUGUCAACUGUACUUACUUAUCUACUCAUAACUGUGCACAUUUUGAAGAUGCUGGUGUUACUUGUGGUGGAACUCCUCAGUGUAAUAAUUCAGACAUUCGUCUUGUUGGUGGAUCUAAUGAUAAUGAAGGAAGAGUUGAAGUGUGUCAGUUUUAUCAAUGGGGUACUGUUUGUGAUGACUCUUGGGGUUUUCCUGAUGCACAAGUAGCUUGUAGGCAGUUAGGAUUGCCUUCUUCUGGUGCUGUUGCUUAUGGUAGUGCAUAUUUUGGUCAGGGUUCUGGUGCCAUUGCUCUUGAUGACAUGCAGUGUACAGGAAAUGAAUCGAGUCUAUUCAAUUGUACAUAUAAUCCAAACCACAACUGUGUACACUUUGAAGAUGCUGGUGUAUUGUGUCAGAGUGCCAGUUGCAAUAGCACUGCUGUCAGAUUAGUAAAUGGUCUUAAUGAUACUGAGGGUAGAGUAGAGGUGUGUCUCAAUGGAGCCUGGGGUACAGUUUGUGAUGACUUCUGGAGUACCAAUGAUGCCGUUGUAGUCUGUAAUCAGCUUGGAUACAAUGGAUCACUAGCUGCAGCAAUAGGUAAUGCUUACUUUGGUCUGGGAACUGGUCCCAUUAAUAUGGACGAUGUGUUCUGUUCUGGUACUGAGUCACAACUAACUGAUUGCAGUUAUUCUGCAAUACAUAACUGUGGUCAUUCUGAAGAUGCAAGUGUCAUCUGUGUACCAAGAACUGCCAAUUGUACUGAUGGUGAAGUGAGACUUGUUGGUGGACAGAAUUAUACUGAAGGACGUGUUGAGAUAUGCUUGAAUGGAGAAUGGGGCACUGCCUGUGAUGAUCUGUGGGGAAACGAAGAAGCUCAAGUUGUUUGUCGACAGCUUGGAUUUCCUCAUGAAGGCUCCAUUGCUCAUGGUAGUGCUACUUAUGGACGUGGUAUUGGUCCAAUUCACUUAGAUGAUGUACAGUGUACUGGCAGUGAGAGCAGUCUCCUCUCUUGUUCUUAUGCAGCAAUCGAUAACUGUGGUCAUUCUGAAGAUGCUGGUGUUCAAUGCUUAGGACAAGGAACUGAGUGUACUCAUGGUUCAGUGAGAUUAGUUGGUGGAUCAAAUGCUACUGAAGGAAGAGUUGAAGUGUGUAUUAAUGGUUUCUGGGGUACUGUCUGUGAUGAUUCAUGGGGUACUCCUGAUGCUAGAGUUGUAUGUAAUCAGUUAGGAUAUGCAUCAAGUGGUGCACAAGCACUGUCCUUUGCAGCAUUUGGUGCUGGCAGUGGUCGUAUCAACAUGGAUGAUGUCCAGUGUACUGGUACUGAAGCAUUCCUAGUCAACUGUACCUACAACCCAGACCAUAAUUGUGCUCACUUUGAGGAUGCAUCAGUUCGUUGCUCAGAAGCCGAAUGUAAUGAAACUGAUGUUCGCCUUGUUGGAGGAUCAAAUUACACUGAAGGAAGAGUCGAAGUGUGUGUUGGUGGAAGGUGGGGCACUGUAUGUGAUGACUCCUGGGGUAAUGAGGAUGCUAGAGUAGUCUGUAGACAACUGGGAUAUGAAUGGGAAGGUGCUAUUGCAUAUAGUUUUGCUCACUUUGGUCAAGGAUCAGGUCCAAUCAACUUAGAUGAUGUCCAGUGUACUGGAAAUGAGUUACUUAUAACUGACUGUCCAUAUAACCCAAAUCACAAUUGUAAUCACUUUGAAGAUGCUGGAGUCACAUGUGCAGCUUCUCCAAAUGAGUGCAAUCACACUGACAUUCGUCUUGUUGGUGGAUCUAAUGCUACUGAAGGAAGAGUUGAAGUAUGUCUCUUUGGAGCAUGGGGUACUGUCUGUGAUGAUUUCUGGGGAGCUCCUGAUGCUGCAGUUGUAUGUAGACAGUUAGGAAUUAGUGGAAGUUCUAUUGCUCGUACUAAUGCUUAUUUUGGUGCUGGUACUGGUCCUAUUAACAUGGACAAUGUUCAGUGUACUGGAAAUGAAGAAUUCCUUGUCAACUGUACUUACUUGUCUACUCAUAACUGUGGCCAUUCUGAAGAUGCUGGUGUUACUUGUGGUGUACAACCUGACUGUAAUCAUAGUGACAUUCGUCUUGUUGGUGGAUCCAAUGCUAAUGAAGGAAGAGUUGAAGUGUGUAUUAAUGGUUUUUGGGGUACUGUCUGUGAUGAUCUCUGGGGAUCUGCUGAUGCUGCAGUUGUGUGUAAUCAGUUAGGAAUUAAUGGAACUUCCAUUGCUCGUACUAGUGCCUAUUUUGGUGCUGGUACUGGUCCUAUUAACAUGGACAAUGUUCAGUGUACUGGAAAUGAAGGAUUCCUUGUCAACUGUACAUAUCUAUCUAUUCAUAACUGUGGCCAUUUUGAAGAUGCUGGUGUUACUUGUGGUGUACAGCCUGAAUGUAAUAACACUGACAUUCGUCUUGUUGGUGGAUCUAAUGCUAAUGAAGGAAGAGUUGAAGUUUGUAGUAAUGGAGCAUGGGGUACUGUCUGUGAUGACUCUUGGGGUUUUCCUGAUGCACAAGUAGCUUGUAGGCAGUUAGGAUUGCCUUCUUCUGGUGCUGUUGCUUAUGGUAGUGCAUAUUUUGGUCAGGGUUCUGGUGCCAUUGUUCUUGAUGACAUGCAGUGUACAGGAAAUGAAGCUAGCCUAUUCAAUUGUACUUAUAAUCCAAACCACAACUGUGUACACUUUGAAGAUGCUGGUGUCAUGUGUCAGAGUGCCAGUUGCAAUAGCACUGCUGUCAGAUUAGUGAAUGGUCUUAAUGAUACUGAGGGUAGAGUAGAGGUAUGUCUCAAUGGAGCCUGGGGUACAGUUUGUGAUGACUUCUGGAGUACCAAUGAUGCUAUUGUAGUCUGUAAUCAGCUUGGAUACAAUGGAUCACUAGCUGCAGCAAUAGGUAAUGCUUACUUUGGUCUGGGCACUGGUCCCAUUAAUAUGGACAAUGUGUUCUGCUCUGGUACUGAGUCACAACUAACUGAUUGCAGCUACUCUGCAAUACAUAACUGUGGUCAUUCUGAAGAUGCAAGUGUCAUCUGUGUACCAAGAACUGCCAAUUGUACUGAUGGUGAAGUGAGACUUGUUGGUGGACAGAAUUAUACUGAAGGACGUGUUGAGAUAUGCUUGAAUGGAGAAUGGGGCACUGCCUGUGAUGAUCUGUGGGGAAAUGAAGAAGCUCAAGUUGUUUGUCGACAGCUUGGAUUUCCUCAUGAAGGCUCCAUUGCUCAUAGUAGUGCUACUUAUGGCCAGGGUAUUGGUCCAAUUCACUUAGAUGAUGUACAGUGUACUGGCAGUGAGAGCAGUCUCCUUGCUUGUUCUUAUGCAGCAAUUGAUAACUGUGGUCAUUCUGAAGAUGCUGGUGUUCAAUGCUUAGGACAAGGAACUGAGUGUACUCAUGGUUCAGUGAGAUUAGUUGGUGGAUCAAAUGCUACAGAAGGAAGAGUUGAAGUGUGUAUUAAUGGUUUCUGGGGUACUGUCUGUGAUGAUUCAUGGGGUACUCCUGAUGCUAGAGUUGUAUGUAAUCAGUUAGGAUAUGCAUCAAGUGGUGCACAAGCACUGUCCUUUGCAGCAUUUGGUGCUGGCAGUGGUCGUAUCAACAUGGAUGAUGUCCAGUGUACUGGUACUGAAGCAUUCCUAGUCAACUGUACCUACAACCCAGACCAUAAUUGUGCUCACUUUGAGGAUGCAUCAGUUCGUUGCUCAGAAGCCGAAUGUAAUGAAACUGACAUUCGCCUUGUUGGAGGAUCAAAUUACACUGAAGGAAGAGUCGAAGUGUGUGUUGGUGGAAGGUGGGGCACUAUAUGUGAUGACUCCUGGGGUAAUGAGGAUGCUAGAGUAGUCUGUAGACAACUGGGAUAUGAAUGGGAAGGUGCUAUUGCAUAUAGUUUUGCUCACUUUGGUCAAGGAUCAGGUCCAAUCAACUUAGAUGAUGUCCAGUGUACUGGAAACGAGUUACUUAUAACUGACUGUCCAUAUAAUCCAAAUCACAAUUGUAAUCACUUUGAAGAUGCUGGAGUCACAUGUGCAGCUGCUCCAAAUGAGUGCAAUCACACUGACAUUCGUCUUGUUGGUGGAUCAAAUGCUACUGAAGGAAGAGUUGAAGUGUGUAUUAAUGGAGCAUGGGGUACUGUCUGUGAUGAUCUCUGGGGGGCUCCUGAUGCUGCUGUUGUCUGUAGACAGUUAGGAAUUAGUGGAAAUGCUAUUGCUCGUACUAAUGCUUAUUUUGGUGCUGGUACUGGUCCUAUUAACAUGGACAAUGUUCAGUGUACUGGAAAUGAAGGAUUCCUUGUCAACUGUUCUUANUUAUCAAGUCAUAAUUGUAUCCAUUCUGAAGAUGCUGGUGUUACUUGUGGCAUACAACCAUCCUGUAAUCAUGGUGACAUUCGUCUUGUUGGUGGAUCUAAUGAUAAUGAAGGAAGAGUUGAAGUGUGUAUUAAUGGAGUAUGGGGUACUGUCUGUGAUGAUAUUUGGGAUUCAUAUGAUGCCACUGUUGUUUGUAAUCAAUUAGGGAUUAAUGGAUUGGCCACUGCUCGUACUAAUGCUUAUUUUGGUGCUGGUACUGGUCCUAUUAACAUGGACAAUGUUCAGUGUACUGGAAAUGAAGGAUUCCUUGUCAACUGUACUUACUUAUCUACUCACAACUGUAUUCAUCAAGAAGAUGCUGGUGUUACUUGUGGUGGUGUGUUUCAGUGUAAUAAUAGUGAUAUACGUCUUGUUGGAAGUGAUUCACUAACUGAAGGAAGAGUUGAAGUGUGUGUUAAUGGAGCAUGGGGUACUGUCUGUGAUGAUUUCUGGGACUAUCGUGAUGCACAAGUUGCCUGUAAGCAAUUGGGACUUCCAUUCACAGGUGCCGUGGCUUAUGGUAGUGCUUUUUAUGGACAAGGAACUGGUCCUAUAGUACUUGAUAAUGUAGGGUGUGCAGGAACUGAAGGGAGCCUGUUCAAUUGUACAUACCUAGCAAACCACAACUGUGUUCACUUUGAAGAUGCUGGUGUCAUGUGUCAGAGUGCCAGUUGCAAUAGUACUGCUGUCAGAUUAGUUAAUGGUCUUUCUGAGACUGAGGGUAGAGUAGAGGUGUGUCUCAAUGGAGCCUGGGGUACAGUUUGUGAUGACUUCUGGAGUACCAAUGAUGCUGUUGUAGUCUGUAAUCAGCUUGGAUACAAUGGAUCACUAGCUAUAGCAGUAGGUAAUGCUUACUUUGGUCUGGGUACUGGUCCCAUUAAUAUGGACAAUGUGUUCUGUACUGGUACUGAGUCACAACUAACCAAUUGCUUUCACCUUACAACACAUAACUGCAUUCAUUCUGAAGAUGCCAGUGUUAUCUGUGCCCCACAAACUGCUAACUGCUCUGAAGGAGAGAUAAGACUUGUUGGUGGUCAGAAUAAUACUGAAGGACGUGUUGAGAUAUGCUUGAAUGGACAAUGGGGCACAGUUUGUCACGAUCUCUGGGAUAACACUGAUGCACAAGUUGUUUGUAGACAGCUUGGUUUCUCCACAGAUGGUGCACUUGCAAAUUCUAAUGCUCAAUUUGGUCAAGGUACUGGUAAUAUCCAUUUAGAUAAUGUUCAAUGUAAUGGAUCUGAAUCAAGCUUGCUGGCUUGCUCCUAUGCCUCGGUUGAUAAUUGCGUUCAUGCUCAAGAUGCUGGUGUGCAAUGUGGAUUUGGAAAUGAGUGUGUAGAAGGCCAAGUGAAGCUAGUUGGUGGUCUGGUAGCAACUGAAGGAAGAAUUGAAGUAUGCAUUGGUGGCUAUUGGGGCACUGUCUGUGAUGAUUUCUGGACAUAUGAAGAUGCUUCAGUUGUUUGUAGACAACUAGGUUUUGAAUAUGCUGGUGCACAAGCUCUAACAUUCGCUGCUUUUGGAGUUGGCAGUGGUCCUAUUUAUUUAGAUGAUGUGCAGUGUAUAGGAAAUGAGACAGGGCUCCUUAACUGUACUUACAAUCCCAACCACAACUGUAUUCACUAUGAAGAUGCAGCGGUUCGUUGUGCAGCUGCUGAAUGUAAUGAAACUGACGUUCGUCUUGUCGGAGGAUCAAAUUACACUGAAGGAAGAGUUGAAGUGUGCCUUGGUGGAAGAUGGGGCACUGUAUGUGAUGACUUCUGGGGAGUGACUGAUGCUAGAGUAGUCUGUAGACAACUGGGAUAUGAAUGGGAAGGUUCCUAUGCUUAUAGUUUCUCAUACUUUGGUCAAGGCUCUGGUCCAAUUGUGAUGGAUAAUCUGCAGUGCACUGGAUCUGAAAGUGCUCUCACUGAUUGUCCUUUUGAUCCUGACGUCAGCGACUGUACUCAUCUUGAAGACUCUGGUGUCAUGUGCCUACCUAGCCCAAGGGAGUGUAAUGAGAGUGACAUUAGGCUAGUAGGAGGUGCCAAUGCUACUGAAGGAAGAGUUGAGGUGUGCAUAUUUGGUGAAUGGGGUACUGUCUGUGAUGACUUGUGGAGUAUACAAGAUGCUGUUGUUGUCUGUGCACAAUUAGGCUAUCCAACUGCAUCUGCUCAAGCUAGAGGUAAUGCCUACUUUGGUCAAGGCACUGGACGUAUCAACAUGGACAAUGUUCAGUGUACAGGCUCUGAAGAUCAGCUCACUUCUUGCACGUUUUUGGCUGACCAUAACUGCAUCCAUUCGGAGGAUGCCGGUGUCAUAUGUGGAGAGGCUGAGUGUGAGAAGGGAGAUAUUAGACUUGUUAGCGGUUCCACUCCUUACGAAGGACUUGUUCAAGUUUGCUAUAAUGGAAUAUGGGGAACUGUCUGUGACGAUUACUGGAGCACUCUUGAUGCUAUGGUUGUCUGUGGGCAGCUUGGAUACAGCACAAUGAAUGCAUUGGCAUAUUCUAACUCAUACUUUGGUUCGGUGACUGGUCCUAUUAAUCUUGAUGAUGUCCAGUGCUCUGGAAAUGAAGAAAGUCUAUUAGAUUGCCCCUUCAAUCCACAGCAUAAUUGCUUGCACUCGGAAGAUGCUGGAGUAAUGUGCUUGGAGCUAUCACCAUCUGUUAGCCCUACUGUUGCUCCACUAGGUUCAUGUGGAUUGGCUGGUUUUACUGAAUGUUGUAACACUAGUGUUGCUCCUAACUGCUUUGGAGAGACACAGAACUGCUACUGUGAUUACACUUGCUAUGAGUUUGGUGACUGCUGCGAUGAUAUCGCUGACAUUGGCUGCACAGUGGUUGGACCAACACCUACUCCGAAUGCAGGAUCCUGUGUAUCAUUAGGCUUUAAUGGGUGCUGUAGUCUCAGUAAUUAUCCAAGCUGUAUUGGGAGUGAUGGCAUAUGCUUUUGUGAUAUAUCCUGUUACCUUUUUGGUGACUGCUGUUCAGACAUUCAGAACAUUGGAUGCUAUGCCACUACCAGUAUUCCGACUUCCACUAGUGCAGCAGCUGGAUUCUCCACUUCCUCUCUAGCAACUAUGACCACUUCAGCUGUAUCACCAACAACCAUAGCACCAUCUACUGUAACUAGUGGAAUUACUUCAACUCUGUUAGUUACAACCACUUCUGCAGCACAGUCCAGCACUCCACAGCCAUCAACUACUCCUGUACAAAGUAGCACUGCUCAAUCCUCUACUCCAUUGCAGUCAAGCACUCAACAGCCAUCAUCUACUCCUGUACAAAGCAGUACUGCUCAAUCUUCCACUCCUGUACAAAGCAGUACUCCACAACCAUCAUCUACUCCUGUACAAAGCAGUACUGCUCAAUCUUCCACUCCUGUACAAAGCAGUACUCCACAACCAUCUUCUACUCCUGUACAAAGCAGUACUGCUCAAUCUUCUACUCCUGUACAGAGUAGUACUCCACAGCAACCAUCUUCUACUCCUGUACAAACCAGCACUGCCCAGUCUUCUAGCUCCAUACAAACUGGCACUUCAUCUUCUACUACUCUCCAACCUUCAACAGCAGCCACAGUGCCAACAUCAGUUCUUACUAGGAGCUCAUCUAUACAGAGCACUCCUGUUCAAACAACUUCAAUACAACCAUCAUCUACUCCAGGGCCAACAGCAACUCCUGGACCAGUUCAGAAUAUUAGUGUUACCAUUAAUAAUGAUAAUUCAGCUACCGUCACAUGGAUAUUACCACAGCAAGGUGCUCAAUUUAUUUCCAGCUAUGAUGUACAAGUUACUAGCACUGGAAAUGGAAUUAGCUUCAAUAAAACUGUGUACGCAACAGGAAUUCGUAGUGCUACUUUUGACUCUCUCACUCCAUAUGUUCCAUACAUUGCUACUAUAACUCCGUUUAACACAGUUGGAAGGGGGACUCCACAAACAAGUGAUCUUUUCUUUACAGCACAAGGAGCACCAUCUAUUGGCCCUGCUAAUGUAGUACUGACCAGAGUGUCUGACACUAGCAUUAAUGUAACGUGGACUCCACUCACACUAUCUCAAGCUAGAGGAGAAAUCACUUUUUAUCAAGUCACCUAUGAGCCAGUUGAUAGAGCAGACAGUCCAGUGUCCUUCAAUGUAUCUGGUAGUACCAGCUCUGCUGUACUGAAUAACCUAAGAGAUACUAGUAAAUACAGAGUUAGUGUUGCUGCUUUUACCGAAAUUGGUAUUGGACCAGCUACAACUGUUUCAGAGACUAGUCCUACUGCUGAAACAUCAGCCAACAAUGCCGGGGCAAUAGCAGGGAGUAUCAUUAUAGUAUUAGUUGUUGUUGCUGUACUGGCUAUUGUUGCUAUCCUUGUUGUGGUAUUCAUUCGAAGGUACAACCAUGGAAAAUUCUCUCCUAGUACAGAUCAUGACCUUCAGACUUUGACAGACAAGGGUGAGCUUGGAGUAGGCGGAGAUACUUAUCGUGAGCUUUCUGAUGACGUAUCUCAUUCUUAUGUGAGCCAAAGAGAAAUAGCAAAGGCGCAAGAAGCUGCUAAUGCUAAUCUUGAUGAUAAGGAAAAGCUUUUGAUAAAUGAUGAGACUUAUGAACUGUAGAAGAAAAAGCAUAAUUUUUUUAUAGAGCAUGACAGACAUACAUGUGCUAAAGCUUUAUAUUUUAUCUCUUGCUAUAUUACAUAGAUAUAUAUUGUUUUUAUGCCAUUAAGUAAAAUGCUAUUUUUAUAUUUUGUCAUUUAAAAUAGUGGAAAGAAACAAAAAA